UCCCCGUUGGCCGCUCGCCCUCUCCCUCUUGCCUUAUUGGCUGCUUUUGUUAUUGUCUGGCUCCGGCCGGCGCGGGGACUUGCUGAGGUACCUGUCAAUCACUGCUCCUUCCCUGCCUCUUCUCUGGCAGUUCAAUGAAUUGGCCGCGCUGGAGGCUCAGGCAGCUGUGAGUGCGGAGAGUGUGCGGCUGCCUGGGAGCUCUGUAGCGACACCGGUAUAAUAAUAACAGCAGCAGCAGCAGCAGCAUCUCGGGGAACUAUCCAUAUAGGCAGCAUUGCUUUCUCCUACAUGGCUUGUUCGUUCUCUAAGAUGGAAAUCCAGUACAUAUGCGGAAGCCAUUAGCACUGUAAUUGCUGUCUGUCACUAUGACAACCAGUCGCUGCAGUCACCUGCCUGAGGUCUUACCAGACUGCACGAGCUCGGCCCCUUCUGGAAAGACAGUGGAAGACUGUAGCAGUCUUGUGAAUGGGCAGCCACAGUAUGUCAUGCAAGUUUCAGCAAAAGACGGUCAGCUGCUGUCAACUGUAGUGCGGACCCUCACAACCCAGAGCUUCAAUGACCAUCCAAUGUGCAGAAUUUGCCAUGAAGGAAGUACCCAAGAGGACCUCCUUUCUCCAUGUGAAUGCACAGGAACGUUAGGAACCAUACACCGAAGCUGCCUGGAGCACUGGCUUUCCUCCUCUAACACCAGCUACUGUGAACUCUGUCACUUCAGGUUUUCUGUGGAGCGCAAACCUCGGCCCUUAGUAGAGUGGCUACGGAAUCCAGGCCCCCAGCAUGAGAAAAGGACUCUGUUUGGAGACAUGGUGUGUUUCCUCUUCAUCACUCCACUCGCCACAAUCUCUGGCUGGUUGUGUCUCCGUGGAGCCGUGGAUCAUCUGCACUUCAGCAGCCGACUCGAAGCAGUUGGACUUAUUGCAUUAACAGUUGCACUCUUUACUAUUUACCUCUUCUGGACACUCGUGUCUUUCAGAUACCACUGUAGAUUAUACAAUGAAUGGCGUCGGACCAAUCAAAGGGUUAUUCUGGUGAUCCCCAAAUCAGCCAAUUUACCUUCAGCUCAGCAGUCUCUGUUGGGCCUGCACUCGUUCAAAAGGAACUCGAAAGAAACCAUAGUGUGAUGGAUACAGAACUGGGCCCCCCUCCGCAUUGCAGCACUCGGACUUCACUCACAGACUGGAAACAUUAUAAUCUCCAUGUCCCGGAAAUACAAAGUUUAAAUUAAACGAAGAAUGCUCCGGUUAUGUAUUUUGCUAACAUGCCAAACAUUUUCAUUUAGCCAAUGGCGUCUCGCAUCCACUUCUAUAGUAAUACUGCCAACAAGUAGCCUUUGACCUUCUGAUAUAAUAAUACUAUUUUUUUUAAUAAGGUGUUUUCUAUAUUUCGUUUCGGGGGGAGCCUUCCAUUCAACUGCAGACCCCUGUUCAACUGAAGGCAUUGUCACAAUCUAGCACAAUAUUUCCCAUUUACUAGAUGACGGCACUAUCUACAGACAUUGCAUAGCAGUCGGGUUUUAUUUAUAUGGAACAUUUUGUAUAAAGAUCUUUAUUGUUUCUGAGAUCAUGUUUAUGCAUCUUUUGUUUGUUUUCCUUUGUUAUUUUGAAAUCUACAGCUUGAAACAUUCUUCAUUAUGCAGCAAAUAGACUUUACAAUCCUGCCCCCUCCCCCGUCCCAUUUGCUGCUGAAGAGCCGGAGAUCAAUAAAUUGGACUUUUCUUCAUCAGCAGUGACUGGGAAUCCACAUAGGAAAUGCAAUUACUGGGCUCUUUUUAACAACUGGUUUGCACAGACAGGGGUCAUUAUGGAUUAUAAAGAAAAAAAAAAGUGUAUAUUAUUUAAAUAAUAAAUAUUCCAUAAAAGCUUUAUACUAA